AGUUUGGCCACACUGCAUCAAAACACUGCCCAAAAAGUCAACAUAAGACUUCGCCUUCUCCCGCGCCCAACAGUUGAGUUUUUAAUUACCCGCGAUGGCAGACAGUUCAGAUGAGGAAUACCUGGGCACGGAAUGGAUUUCGUAUAGCGAACGCUCUGAUUGGGAUGAUGUAGAGCCACUCGCCCAGGAUGACGGCCCCAAUCCGGUGGUGGCUAUUGCCUACAGUCAAAAGUUUCGCGAGGUUUUCGACUACAUGAGAGCGAUAAUUGCGCGCGGGGAGAAGAGCCAGCGUGCUCUGGACCUAACUACUGAUGCACUGCGUCUGAACCCGGCAAACUACACGGUUUGGCAGUACAGGCGUGAUAUUCUUCGCGAACUGAAGGCAGAUCUCAACGCAGAGCUGGAGUAUUUAGGCAAAGUUAUUGCCCAGAAUUCGAAGAACUACCAGGUGUGGCACCACAGACGCGUCAUCGUGGAAAUGCUUAAUGAUCCUAGCAACGAACUAGAGCUCACGGAGUUGGCCCUGGUAAACGAUGGAGAUGCCAAGAACUAUCACGCCUGGCAGCACCGUCAAUGGGCAAUUCGCAGCUUCAAACUCUACGACGACGAGCUUAACUUUGUCGAUCGUCUGAUUUGCGAGGAUCAGCGCAAUAAUUCGGCCUGGAACCAGCGUUUCUUUGUUGUUAAGCAUUUUGGGUUCACGCCAGAUUUAAUCCAGCGGGAGCUGUCAUACACGAUGAACCGCAUUCGCAUCAUUAAAAACAACGAAAGUGCCUGGAACUAUUUGGUGGGUGUGAUGCGGCAGGGUGACAAUGGAAAAGCACAGCUAAACAGUUACCCGGAGGUCGUGGGAUUUGUGGAGGAGAUCUACCAGGCCGGCAAUCGAUCGCCAUAUCUUCUGGCCUUCCUAAUCGAUUUGUACCAAGAGCAGGCACUCCACCUUAAGGUUGGCGAUAGCGAUCAGCUAGCCCGUAAAGUUUACAGCCUUUGCGAGGAUAUGGCCUCUAAACAUGAUGUGAUCCGCCGAAAGUACUGGCACUAUGUUGCCACACAUCUGAAGAAUCAGUUGAACAAGAUCCAGGAACAGCAGCAGGAAUAGUGCAGGUCCAAAAUUCAUUUUUGUUUAGUUUUAAGCCUUAAUCGACGUACUUAGGCCUUCUUUAUAAAUAAAUAAAAAUUAAAUUUACCAGUCAA